AUGUUAUUGCCUAAAAUAAUUUUAUCAAAUGAAGGAAGAACUUUAUAUAAUACUAAAAAUCACCCAAUAAGGACAGUAAAAAAUAUGAUUGAACAUUUUUUUAAAUUUGAAAAUUUCGACAAUUUAGAUUAUAAAAUAACAAUAAAACAAAAUUUUGAUAAAUUGCUUGUGCCCUUAUCACACCCAGCUAGAAAUAUUAAAGAUACAUUUUAUUUGAAUGAAAAUUAUAUAAAAAAUUUUCCCUUCUUUUUUGAAAAUUAUUAUAUAAGAUUAGAUAUUUUAAACAAAUACUAUAAAUAUUAUUUAUCUAAUAAAUUACUAGAUCAUGAUAAAGUAAAAUUGCUUAGAACACAUAUGACUACUCAUCUACCAUAUUUAUUAAAAGAAAAUUAUAAGAAUGUUAUUUACACAGGUACAGUAUAUAGAAAAGAUGAAAUAGAUAAAUACCACUUUCCCAUUUUUCAUCAAACAGAUGGAUUUUUAAUACGCUCUGAAAGUUUUGAAGUAGAAACAGAUUUGAAAAAAAAACUUGAAAAUUUAAUUAAUUAUUUAUUUAAAUAUAAAAAAAUAGAAAUGAAAUGGGAAAAUAAUACAUCCUUUCCAUUUACUGAUCCUUCUUAUGAAUUAUAUAUAAAAAGAGAAAAAGAUAAUAAAUGGAUAGAAAUUUUAGGAUGUGGAAAAAUAAAAAAAGAAGUAAUUUAUAUGAGUUUAUAUGAAAAAGAUAUAAAUAAAAUAAUAGAAAAUGAAAUUUCUUUAUUUGAUAAAAAUUUGUUCACUAAUAUUAAUAAUUAUUCUAGUAAUAUAUUCCAAAUACCAAAUAAAGAAUCCUUUGCUUCUAUUAUUAAUAAAUUAUGUGAUAAACAACUAAAUAAUCAAAUUACACUAAAAAUAAAUGAAUUUCUAAAAAAUUUAAAUUUUCAAGGAUGGGCCUUCGGCAUAGGUUUAGAAAGAUUAUGUAUGUUAUUAUAUGAUAUUCAGGACAUUCGUUUAUUUUGGAGUAAUGACAAAAGGUUUAUAAAUCAAUUUAAAGAAAAUGAAAUUACAAAAUUUUAUCCUUUUAGUAAUUUUCCUCCAAUCGAAAAAGAUAUUUCUUUUUACAUUAAUGAUAAUUUUAAAGAAAGUAUAUUUUUUCAGUUAUGUAGAGAUAUUGCUAAUGAAAAUAUUGAAGAAGUAAAAAAAGUAGACCAUUAUUAUAAUCCCAAAACAAACCAAACAAGUGUAUGCUAUAGGAUAACGUAUCGUUCACAUAACCAAAAUCUAACGCAUAAAUUUGUCAACAAAAUACAAAAUCAAAUUAUACAAAGCCUUAUUAAAGAAUGUUCUGUUUAUGUAAGAUAA